UCUGUUGGUUGUUUCUUUUCUGUUCUUGUUCGAAGAUACCCUUUUCUCUUUUCUCUUUUUCUUUUCUCUUUCUUGAUGUUUUCUUCUUCUUUCUGCACCUUUCUUUCUUCCUCGUCACGUUUUUAAUCAGCUGUAAUUAUGUCUCCCCUUCUUGUUUUCUCCCCCCUCCUCCUCUCUGUCUGGUUUUGGGUUCGUGGUCUGGAUGGUUGGAUGGAUGGAAUUCGCGUGCGCACUCGCCGCUCAGUCUCAGUCGUUGGAUGGAUGGUAUAUGAAUGGGGCCGCCUUUCCGAAUUAUUUUUUAGGAAACGGCCGGUCGGAGGUGGUGGUGGUGGGAUCUUGCUUGUCGACGGGAAUGAACGAACGGGAAUGGGAUCGGUGGAGGGGGGGAAAUGGGAUACGGAACGGGAGGAAAUGGGAUAUGGAACGGUAUGAGGUGGUGGGAUAUAUGGGUGGGAUAUAAGGGAGGAAGGAACAUGGGAUGGUGGAUUGAAUGAAGGUUCGGAUCUGAUGGAUUUCCUUUUUUCCUUAUUUUUUUCCUUGCUGUCUGUCGUGGUUCGUGGUCAAUGGUCAUGUAUGAGAGGAUGGAGGAUGAUUGGGGAUUCCCUUUGUUUGGCUGCCUAUGGAAAUGACUACUUUUUCUUCUUCUUUCUACCUUACCUUACUCUACCUUACUCUACCUUACCUUACCGUACCGAAAAGAAAACAAAAAAAACUCUGAGCUGGUCUCACCAAAAACAAAGUUCUUCUCACUCCCUCCACCUGAGCGUACGGCGGUAAAUACCUUAUGUACGUAUGUG